GCUGCCGCCUGCUGCCGCCUGCUGCUGGCAUCCGCUGCCGCUGGGCUGCCGCCGCUCUGGAGGACGGCCUUCUUGUUUCGUGUACCUACACACAACCACAAACCUGGCGAGGGGAGAGACCGUCCCGGCAGCGCCCCAGUACAUACCCUGUUUUGUCGUGCUAGCCUCUUGUCUAACACACCCCUGCGCCCUCAUACGCUCAUAGACACGAGCGGACUGUACAAUGAAUAAUCCUAAUAUCAGAAAGCGCCGGCCCUAUGGCCACGCGGAUCUCCCUGAGGUGCCACCACCUCUGGAUCCCGCCUACACAUCUUUUGCCUCUGCCCCUUCGUCUCGCCCAGAUGACCUCUCUGUCCAGGAUCUACAUAUACUCCAGCAGGCGGCCGCUAUCCUGAAUUGUUCUGUCUCUCAACUGCUGCUUCUUAAUAAUAGAAUCCCUCCCCCGCAGCCUUACCUCGCCUCCCCUGUGCCUUAUCCAGUUUCCACCAAGAGGCCGCGGCUUAGUGCAGACAUGACGCCGGCAUCUUCUCAGGAGAAGUCGUCCCCCCCUACGCCGUCCGCUCCCGACGGCUCGGAGCGCCCUCGCGCCCCGGAAGCGCCCGGUAGCAGCUUCUCCCUGAGCAUAGAACGCUCGCGCUUAGCCCAGUACCUGUCUAACUUCUCCGUCUGUCCGCCAUGUACGACCUGCGAGCCUCAAGUCUACGCCCCGAUCCCGGCCACGUCGACCUACACUUACGCCCCGUCACGGCAGUAUUAUGACGAGAGGCAGCCGUCUCCCAAUUCGGCGUCUGGAACUAUGCCUCCAGACCAAACCCAUUUAUUUACUUCUAAUGCCCCCCCUACGGCUUCGCCAAUGAUGCCUAAUUAUCCCAUUCUGCAGCCUAGCCGGCCCAUGAAUAUCCAACCUUCUACCAGCGGCGAAGGGAUGGUGUAUCCGGAGGCCCUGACCCAUCAGCAGUAUUUUAGCCAACCGGACUUACAUCAUGGUCUGCCACAGAUGGAGAACCACGUGAUGGGUGCUCAGGCGUAUAACCCCCCUUCGUCGAGGCAGUACGGGAUGUCUGAGGACAUCUCGCCUCAGGAAGUAGAUAGAAAUCGGAUUGCUAGUCAACCACGUGAAUUAGACAUCGCACACCCGAGCCAGCGCCCCCCUCCCGCGAGACGCGGCCCGUUCAAGACUAACGACGCACGAGAAAAGACAGCCGAGACUAGGCGGAUCGGCUCUUGCAUUCGAUGCCGGAUGCAGCGUAUUCGCUGCGAGACCAAUCCCUCAGACAAAUUUGGUGCAUGUCUAACGUGUCUGAAAAUGUCGAAUGUGAAGGUGUGGCGGAUGCCCUGCCUCCGUUACAAGAUCACCGACGUAAAGCUCUUCAAACCCGGGCAGGUCAAGGGGUACGAGUGGACUCGGAGAUGGGUAGAGGGCAUCCCGGACGACAUAUCGCAGUGGGCGUCGUCGGAAACGAAAAAGGUCCAAGUCACGGAGGGGUACACCGAAAAACCGGUGGAGCUGAGUGUCCGUCAAUUCGUCCCACAAGAGGGUGAUGCGCUGGAGCGAAGUUGGGUUCACAACGGGACCAGGAGGCGGGUCAGAAUUCCGCCGUAUGCAAUCGUGAACCUGGAGGAGACAAAAGGCAAAUACACCGACUAUAUCAAGAGCGGUUUGCCCGAAUGUUGCAAGAAGGUCCUCUCGAGUAAGGAUAGGCUGAUCUUCCUGACGUACGGCGCGGCAAUCAAGGCUUCCAGGGAUCCGUCGAUCGACCCCAAAGAGAGUGCGCUCCUGAAGAAGGCGCUUCAGCUAUGGAUGGCCAUCCGCUUGACGACCAAAUCGACCAUUAUCGUCGGAGAGGAGACGUUGGGUAUGCGCCGCGACAUCAUGGAUGAAACGAGCCCCCUUCGAGGGUGCAUUCCCUUGCCACCAGUGAUGGGCGCGCAGAUCGAGUUGGUCCUGAUCCACCAGAUCCAGUCUAGCCUUCGCCGGGAGAUGUUAGAGAAUCUACAGUCUAUGACGCAAGCCAACAAACACCAGACCUGGUUCACAACAUACCUUAUAACGUUCAUCUUGCUCCAUAACGUGGCUCUUCUCUGCCAGCACGAUGCUGGAUAUGCUCGAAAGCAUGGCAUCAAGGGCCGAUUCGCGAGAGAGGAGAUGGUGAGAGAGUACCAGAUGGGGGCGAAUAUCUUGCUGGCAUAUUUCCACUAUUGCAACAAAGGCGUAUACCCAUUCUCUGCCGAGUGCAAGGAACACGACCUGGCGACAUUAGCCGAGCUGGACGACUCCAAGGUCAAGUUUGUCCAAUUUACGAGAGCAAACGUCGACAAGCAGAAAAAGCUUUGGGCGAAGAUUCGGCAGACUGACGAUUAUGAAAAUGACUUCUACUACAUCAGUCAACUAUAUGAGGAAAACUGGACUCCGCAACCGACAAUCUAGAUUCUGUUGGCCAUUUCCGCGGCGAGACCCCAGGGCGAGAGACGGACAGGCUUGUCAAGAAACACAGCGCGGAGAACCGGAUAUACAUGUUUAGGCGAGGUCCUGCAGACAGCCGAGGCUAGGAUACGUGCAUCGAAAUGCGCGCGGAAAGGGAAGCCGGCGCCAAUAGUACGGCGGUAUC